ACUGAAUUCUCAGAACUAUUGAGACACAGAUGACAGGAUGAAGGAAGUGUAUGUAGUAUUUAUUUGUACAGCCUUGGUUUACCAUUGUGAUGCUCAGGGAACCGUUGAUUCUAUUGUGAACGAUGCUGUUCAGGCAGCUUUCGGUGGAGGCGGAGGGGGAGGAGCACCCACAUCAGCCUUUGGGGGACUUGGAGGGGUCACCUUCGCUCCCGGGGGUGUAGGACAAAUUCCAGCAAGUCGAACAGCUAGCGGGGGGAUAGCUCCGUUCCCCACACCUGGCGGGUCUGGCGCCGCCGCCGCCUUAGCGCGGUUCUCUCAGAGUAACGCGCCAGCUACCACUGCCCUCCUCAACGACAGGUCAUCGAGAGCUUCCUUUGCAUCGAGAACCAUAGCUCAAAAUCCAGAAAUUGGAGGCGGAACUGCGGCCGGUUUCCAGAGAGCAGUGUCAGAUCCUGAGGUUACAGCAAGUUUUCAGCGAGCCUUCGAUCCAUUCUGUUUUGAGAGACCAGUCUGUGACGUCAGUGAACCUUAUCGAAGGACAGACGGACAAUGUAACAAUUUAAUCGACCCCAUCUUGGGAGCAGCGCAAACUCCACAACAACGAGUCCUCCCCGCCGCAUACGACAACUUGAUCAACACUCCACGAGUUAGGUCUGUUAGGCCCGGAGCUUUUUUACCGAGUGCUCGAACUGUCAGUAACAACGUGUUCCAGUUUACGUUUGGGGGCAUGACCCCUGUCAGUGCUGCAUUCUCCACCUACCUCACCCAUCACGGACAGUUCAUUGAUCAUGACGUCAUCGCCACGCCCUCCGAACAAUUGACUGUGAAUGACUGUUGUAUGCCAAUGAUGAACCAGCAGAAUCCAGAGGCCUGCUUUAGCAUAAUCAUACAACCAGGCGAUCCGUUUUUCCCGCCAGAUAAAACCUGCAUGAAUGUCGUUCGUCACGCCGGAUCACCGCCCAUCCGAUGUGAAAACGGUGUCCGUGAGCAAAUCAACCAGAGAACAGCUUUCGUUGACGGCUCCAUGAUCUAUGAUUCUGAUGUCACCAAAGAGCUUCAAUUAAGAGCACGAGUCGGAGGACGAAUGGCUGAGAAUGAACAAAAUCUGUUGCCACCGCACCCGCAGGGCUGUCCUCCCUUGGUGCCUCCGGCGCAGCGCCAAUGUUUUGUGGCAGGAGAUCACAGACCCAGCGAAACGCCAACUUUAACUAUUCCACACAUCACGUGGUUACGACGUCAUAAUCUCAUUGCUGACGCAUUAAGGCUGGCCACUGGCAUCACAGAUGACGAAACUCUUUUCCAAGAAGCAAAGAGAAUAGUGAUAGCAGAGCUUCAACAUGUGACAUACAACGAAUUUUUACCCGCCGUCCUAGACGAUUUUCAUAUGAAUGCCUUCAAUCUUAGAUCAAGGCCAUUUGGACAUGCUGAAACUUACAAUCCCAGACUAGAUCCUAGAACAAUUAAUGCCUUCGGUGUGGCGGCCUAUCGUAUGGGCCACAGCUUAGUGAGGAACACUGUCGGUCAUGUUCUAGGUGACGGCGCCUCUUUCAGUUUCCCCGUCCACAGACAUUUUGAGCGCCCAGAUUUAAUGUAUGACAGAGGGUAUGAAUUUAUGACACGUUGGAUGUCAAGGGAACCUAAAUCAAGAUCAGAUAGAUUUUUGGUCGACGGAAUAAGGAACAGACUGUUUGAAUUUCCACCAGGGAAUCAACCGACAACAGAGACUUCCUCGUUUGAUCUGGGAGCUUUGAACAUCCAGAGAGGCCGAGAUCACGGUAUACCUUCCUACAACGCCUACAGACAAUUCUGUGGACUUCGUAGAGCGGUCUUCUUUGCUACAGUCCCAGGAGGUCUUGUUGACCAUUCCCCACAGGCAGCAGCUGCGCUUCAGCAAAGUUACCUAGAACCAGAUGAUAUUGACCUCUUUGCUGGAGGUUUGUCUGAAACUCCUCGUCCAGGAAGCAUUUUAGGACCCACCUUCCAAUGUCUUAUAGCCCUCCAGUUCAGUCUCUAUAAACAUGGAGAUCGUUUCUGGUACGAGCGCACCUUUCCUGAAAAUCCACUGGCCGCUUUCACACCAGCCCAGCUUGCUCAGAUUAAACAGACCACAUACUCGAAGAUUUUGUGUUCAGUUGUGAAGGAUAUUCCUGGUGCUAUUCAUUCCUUCCAACCAAGUCUGAUGAUACGUCCAGAUAUACCGGGAAAUUCACUUCAACCAUGCCCAGCAUUGCUAGGAGGAACUCGUCUCGGUUUCGACAUUAGGCCAUUUGCACAACAGCUAUUGGCAUUGGGUGGCCGACGACGGAGAAUGGCGUUAAUGCCCAGCCCACUUAACCCGGGCAUGAUGGGAAUGCUCCCGACUUUCAACAGAUGACGAGGGAUAGACUGCAACGUGUGUAAUUCCAGGAAUAAUGAUGAAGA